AGAAAUCUGUAAUUAGCGAAUAUUACAUAUGUAUGUGUUAUCAUUUAUCUCGAAAAAUCAAUCAAUUUAUAUCAUUUAUAAUUAUGAUACUUCGAUUUUUUCAAUCAGUAUUCAAAUAGUGAAGUGUGAUAUAGCGACGCUUAGUGAAACAUAUUUCUUUACAUCUAUGCGCAAUUGAUAUGAAAAUAUUUAUAUUUCUGCUCCUGCUCGGCUAUGGCUGGGCGAGUUUUCUACCCAAUGGGUGCCCAGCUGAUUUCAGUGUCCACAUCCUACUUCCCCACGAAACCGACUGCACCAAGUUCUACCAGUGCAGCAAUGGCCAUAAAUUUACCAUGCAGUGCCCGAGAGGAACAGCCUUCGAUGUAGAAUUGCAGACAUGUAAUUGGGCUGAUGAAGUUGAUUGCAAUCGACCUGAUCAAUCAACAUCAACAACAACGAUAAGGGUGCCAUCAACAACGACAAGAGCGCCAUCAACAACGACAGGGGCGCCAACGACAACAACUCCAGCGCCACCAGGUCUACCUAACGAAUGUCCAUCUGACUUCGACGUGGUAUUAAAACUCCCGCACGAAAUUGACUGCGAUAAAUAUUAUAAUUGCAGCGAUGGAAUCAAAAUACUGCUUAAUUGUCCGACCGGCAAAUAUUUCGAUAUGAAGUUACAGAAUUGCGACUGGUCUCAGAAUGUGGACUGUGCAAAUGUUGGUGGUGAACGGGGCGGCGCUGGUCUUUUGCCGAACGGUUGCCCAGCCGACUUCCACAUUCAUAAAUUAUUACCUCAUGAAACAAAUUGUUCGAAGUUUUACUACUGCAACUUUGGAAAUAAAAUUGAAAGGGAAUGUAGCGGCAACUUACAUUUUAACCCUAAGCUGCAGGUAUGUGACUGGCCAGAAUCAGCUGGUUGUGUUAGUGAAGGUGGCGAUGGUGGGGAAUGGCUACCAAACGGCUGCCCCUCGGACUUCAGCGUUCAUUGGCUACUGCCACAUGAAACCGACUGUGCUAAGUUUUAUUAUUGUAAUUUUGGAGAAAAAGUUGUAAGGAGUUGUCCUUCUGGUACACACUUCGAUCCUAAGCUGCAAGUAUGUAAUUGGCCAAAUGCUGUUAAUUGCACUUCUAUAGAAACAACAACUAGGCCUGAUACAACCAUACCAUCGAUUGGAACAACAAAGGAGUAUAUUACAACGACUACGAUGGAAAAUACAGAACCGUCUUUAGAAACGACUACAGAGUACAUUCCAACGACUACGAGGGAAACCACAGAACCCUCCGUAGAAACUACUACAGAGUACAUUCCGACGACUACGAAGGAAACUACAGAACCCUCCGUAGAAACUACUACAGAGUACAUUCCAACGACUACGAAGGAAACUACAGAACCCUCCGUAGAAACUACUACAGAGUACAUUCCAACGACUACGAGGGAAACCACAGAACCCUCCGUAGAAACUACUACAGAGUACAUUCCGACGACUACGAAGGAAACUACAGAACCCUCCGUAGAAACUACUACAGAGUACAUUCCAACGACUGUUCCAACAACGACUCAAGACACUACAAAGACUCCUGUUGAAUCUACGUCGGUGACUACAACAGAAUCUAUUGAAUCAACUACACCGAUUAAUAUAGAAUGUCCACCUGGAAUGCUAGGUUUCGUGCCCCACCCUGAUUAUUGUGACGCAUAUUACAUUUGUGUGAGGGGCAUUCCAACACUGAUGUGGUGUAGCAAAGGAGAGGAAUUCGAUCCUGACAGAAACAUUUGCGUUGAAAUAUCAGAAGAUGGUUGUUUCGCCUCGCAAGGUAAAUGGACACCAACAAUACCAGACACUACACCGGAGAAUUUGGCAACUACAACAGAAUCAGAUAGGGAUACAACAACAAUAGCUGCAGACACUACAACGGAGAAUUUGGCGACUACAACAGAGUCAGAUAGGGAUACAACAACAAUGGCUGCAGACACUACAACGGAGAAUUUGGCAACUACAACAGAGUCAGAUAGGGAUACAACAACAAUAGCUGCAGACGCUACAACGGAGAAUUUGGCAACUUCAACAGAGUCAGAUAGGGAUACAACAACAAUUGCUGCAGACACUACAACGGAGAAUUUGGCAACUACAACAGAGUCAGAUAGGGAUAUAACAACAAUUGCUGCAGACACUACAACGGAGGAUUUGGCAACUACAACAGAGUCAGAUAGGGAUACAACAACAAUUGCUGCAGACACUACAACGGAGAAUUUGGCGACUACAACAGAGUCAGAUAGGGAUACAACAACAAUUGCUGCAGACACUACCACGGAGAAUUUGGCAACUACAACAGAAUCUAUUGAAACAACUACACCGAUUAAUAUAGAAUGUCCACCUGGAAUGCUAGGUUUUGUGCCCCACCCUGAUUACUGUGACGCAUAUUACGUUUGCGUUAUGGGGAUCCCAACGUUAACGUGGUGUAGUGAGGGAUAUGAAUUCGAUCCAAAUGUAAACUCCUGUGUCGUGAUAUCGGAAGAUGGAUGCUUCGCGUCUAAAGAAAAAUCUACCCCAACUGACCCUGAUGCAACAACAACUACAGGGACAACAAUUGAACCUAUACAGACAACAACUGAAGCUGCACUGUGUCCUCCUGGAUUCUUAGGACACGUACCGCAUCCCGAAUAUUGCGAUAAAUACUAUCUAUGUAUAAGGGGUAUUCCACAAUUGCAACAUUGCAAUGCAGGCUUCGAGUUUGAUCCAGAAUUAAGAAUUUGCGUUGAAAUAUCAGAAGAUGGUUGUUUCGCCUCGCAAGGUAAAUGGACACCAACAAUACCAGACACUACAACGGAGGAUUUGGCAACUACAACAGAGUCAGAUAGGGAUACAACAACAAUUGCUGCAGACACUACAACGGAGAAUUUUGUGACUACAACAGAGUCAGAUAGGGAUACAACAACAAUUGCUGCAGACACUACAACGGAGAAUUUGGCUACUACAACAGAGUCAGAUAGGGAUAUAACAACAAUUGCUGCAGACACUACAACGGAGGAUUUGGCAACUACAACAGAGUCAGAUAGGGAUACAACAACAAUUGCUGCAGACACUACAACGGAGAAUUUGGCGACUACAACAGAGUCAGAUAGGGAUACAACAACAAUUGCUGCAGACACUACAACGGAGAAUUUGGCUACUACAACAGAGUCAGAUAGGGAUAUAACAACAAUUGCUGCAGACACUACAACGGAGAAUUUGGCGACUACAACAGAGUCAGAUAGGGAUACAACAACAAUUGCUGCAGACACUACCACGGAGAAUUUGGCAACUACAACAGAAUCUAUUGAAACAACUACACCGAUUAAUAUAGAAUGUCCACCUGGAAUGCUAGGUUUUGUGCCCCACCCUGAUUACUGUGACGCAUAUUACGUUUGUGUUAUGGGGAUCCCAACGUUAACGUGGUGUAGUGAGGGAUAUGAAUUCGAUCCAAAUGUAAACUCCUGUGUCGUGAUAUCGGAAGAUGGAUGCUUCGCGUCUAAAGAAAAAUCUACCCCAACUGACCCUGAUGCAACAACAACUACAGGGACAACAAUUGAACCUAUACAGACAACAACUGAAGCUGCACUGUGUCCUCCUGGAUUCUUAGGACACGUACCGCAUCCCGAGUAUUGCGAUAAAUACUAUCUAUGUAUAAGGGGUAUUCCACAAUUGCAACAUUGCAAUGCAGGCUUCGAGUUUGAUCCAGAAUUAAGAAUUUGCGUUGAAAUAUCAGAAGAUGGUUGUUUCGCCUCGCAAGGUAAAUGGACACCAACAAUACCAGACACUACACCGGAGAAUUUGGCAACUACAACAGAAUCAGAUAGGGAUACAACAACAAUAGCUGCAGACACUACAACGGAGAAUUUGGCGACUACAACAGAGUCAGAUAGGGAUACAACAACAAUGGCUGCAGACACUACAACGGAGAAUUUGGCAACUACAACAGAGUCAGAUAGGGAUACAACAACAAUAGCUGCAGACGCUACAACGGAGAAUUUGGCAACUUCAACAGAGUCAGAUAGGGAUACAACAACAAUUGCUGCAGACACUACAACGGAGAAUUUGGCAACUACAACAGAGUCAGAUAGGGAUAUAUCAACAAUUGCUGCAGACACUACAACGGAGGAUUUGGCAACUACAACAGAGUCAGAUAGGGAUACAACAACAAUUGCUACAACGGAGAAUUUGGCGACUACAACAGAGUCAGAUAGGGAUACAACAACAAUUGCUGCAGACACUACCACGGAGAAUUUGGCAACUACAACAGAAUCUAUUGAAACAACUACACCGAUUAAUAUAGAAUGUCCACCUGGAAUGCUAGGUUUUGUGCCCCACCCUGAUUACUGUGACGCAUAUUACGUUUGCGUUAUGGGGAUCCCAACGUUAACGUGGUGUAGUGAGGGAUAUGAAUUCGAUCCAAAUGUAAACUCCUGUGUCGUGAUAUCGGAAGAUGGAUGCUUCGCGUCUAAAGAAAAAUCUACCCCAACUGACCCUGAUGCAACAACAACUACAGGGACAACAAUUGAACCUAUACAGACAACAACUGAAGCUGCACUGUGUCCUCCUGGAUUCUUAGGACACGUACCGCAUCCCGAAUAUUGCGAUAAAUACUAUCUAUGUAUAAGGGGUAUUCCACAAUUGCAACAUUGCAGUGCAGGCUUCGAGUUUGAUCCAGAAUUAAGAGUUUGCGUUGAAAUAUCAGAAAAUGGUUGUUUCGCUUCGCAAGGUAAAUGGACACCAACAAUACCAGACACUACAACGGAGGAUUUGGCAACUACAACAGAGUCAGAUAGGGAUACAACAACAAUUGCUGCAGACACUACAACGGAGAAUUUUGCGACUACAACAGAGUCAGAUAGGGAUACAACAACAAUUGCUGCAGACACUACAACAGAGAAUUUGGCUACUACAACAGAGUCAGAUAGGGAUAUAACAACAAUUGCUGCAGACACUACAACGGAGGAUUUGGCAACUACAACAGAGUCAGAUAGGGAUACAACAACAAUUGCUGCAGACACUACAACGGAGAAUUUGGCGACUACAACAGAGUCAGAUAGGGAUACAACAACAAUUGCUGCAGACACUACAACGGAGAAUUUGGCUACUACAACAGAGUCAGAUAGGGAUAUAACAACAAUUGCUGCAGACACUACAACGGAGAAUUUGGCGACUACAACAGAGUCAGAUAGGGAUACAACAACAAUUGCUGCAGACACUACCACGGAGAAUUUGGCAACUACAACAGAAUCUAUUGAAACAACUACACCGAUUAAUAUAGAAUGUCCACCUGGAAUGCUAGGUUUUGUGCCCCACCCUGAUUACUGUGACGCAUAUUACGUUUGUGUUAUGGGGAUCCCAACGUUAACGUGGUGUAGUGAGGGAUAUGAAUUCGAUCCAAAUGUAAACUCCUGUGUCGUGAUAUCGGAAGAUGGAUGCUUCGCGUCUAAAGAAAAAUCUACCCCAACUGACCCUGAUGCAACAACAACUACAGGGACAACAAUUGAACCUAUACAGACAACAACUGAAGCUGCACUGUGUCCUCCUGGAUUCUUAGGACACGUACCGCAUCCCGAGUAUUGCGAUAAAUACUAUCUAUGUAUAAGGGGUAUUCCACAAUUGCAACAUUGCAAUGCAGGCUUCGAGUUUGAUCCAGAAUUAAGAAUUUGCGUUGAAAUAUCAGAAGAUGGUUGUUUCGCCUCGCAAGGUAAAUGGACACCAACAAUACCAGACACUACACCGGAGAAUUUGGCAACUACAACAGAAUCAGAUAGGGAUACAACAACAAUAGCUGCAGACACUACAACGGAGAAUUUGGCGACUACAACAGAGUCAGAUAGGGAUACAACAACAAUGGCUGCAGACACUACAACGGAGAAUUUGGCAACUACAACAGAGUCAGAUAGGGAUACAACAACAAUAGCUGCAGACGCUACAACGGAGAAUUUGGCAACUUCAACAGAGUCAGAUAGGGAUACAACAACAAUUGCUGCAGACACUACAACGGAGAAUUUGGCAACUACAACAGAGUCAGAUAGGGAUAUAUCAACAAUUGCUGCAGACACUACAACGGAGGAUUUGGCAACUACAACAGAGUCAGAUAGGGAUACAACAACAAUUGCUACAACGGAGAAUUUGGCGACUACAACAGAGUCAGAUAGGGAUACAACAACAAUUGCUGCAGACACUACCACGGAGAAUUUGGCAACUACAACAGAAUCUAUUGAAACAACUACACCGAUUAAUAUAGAAUGUCCACCUGGAAUGCUAGGUUUUGUGCCCCACCCUGAUUACUGUGACGCAUAUUACGUUUGCGUUAUGGGGAUCCCAACGUUAACGUGGUGUAGUGAGGGAUAUGAAUUCGAUCCAAAUGUAAACUCCUGUGUCGUGAUAUCGGAAGAUGGAUGCUUCGCGUCUAAAGAAAAAUCUACCCCAACUGACCCUGAUGCAACAACAACUACAGGGACAACAAUUGAACCUAUACAGACAACAACUGAAGCUGCACUGUGUCCUCCUGGAUUCUUAGGACACGUACCGCAUCCCGAAUAUUGCGAUAAAUACUAUCUAUGUAUAAGGGGUAUUCCACAAUUGCAACAUUGCAGUGCAGGCUUCGAGUUUGAUCCAGAAUUAAGAGUUUGCGUUGAAAUAUCAGAAAAUGGUUGUUUCGCUUCGCAAGGUAAAUGGACACCAACAAUACCAGACACUACAACGGAGGAUUUGGCAACUACAACAGAGUCAGAUAGGGAUACAACAACAAUUGCUGCAGACACUACAACGGAGAAUUUUGCGACUACAACAGAGUCAGAUAGGGAUACAACAACAAUUGCUGCAGACACUACAACAGAGAAUUUGGCUACUACAACAGAGUCAGAUAGGGAUAUAACAACAAUUGCUGCAGACACUACAACGGAGGAUUUGGCAACUACAACAGAGUCAGAUAGGGAUACAACAACAAUUGCUGCAGACACUACAACGGAGAAUUUGGCGACUACAACAGAGUCAGAUAGGGAUACAACAACAAUUGCUGCAGACACUACCACGGAGAAUUUGGCAACUACAACAGAAUCUAUUGAAACAACUACACCGAUUAAUAUAGAAUGUCCACCUGGAAUGCUAGGUUUUGUGCCCCACCCUGAUUACUGUGACGCAUAUUACGUUUGUGUUAUGGGGAUCCCAACGUUAACGUGGUGUAGUGAGGGAUAUGAAUUCGAUCCAAAUGUAAACUCCUGUGUCGUGAUAUCGGAAGAUGGAUGCUUCGCGUCUAAAGAAAAAUCUACCCCAACUGACCCUGAUGCAACAACAACUACAGGGACAACAAUUGAACCUAUACAGACAACAACUGAAGCUGCACUGUGUCCUCCUGGAUUCUUAGGACACGUACCGCAUCCCGAAUAUUGCGAUAAAUACUAUCUAUGUAUAAGGGGUAUUCCACAAUUGCAACAUUGCAGUGCAGGCUUCGAGUUUGAUCCAGAAUUAAGAGUUUGCGUUGAAAUAUCAGAAAAUGGUUGUUUCGCUUCGCAAGGUAAAUGGACUCCAACAGUACCAGACCAGUCAACAACAGAAACGACAAUUACAACAGACCACUACGGUAGUACAACAGAAUCCACUGAACAACCGACUGAAGGCACGUCUGAAACUCCUAAAGAAACAACGACAGACAGCGAUUCAACGACUGUGAUAUUAACUACAAAACCAUCUACAGAAGAAUCUACUACUUCCGGAACUACUGUAGAUUCUGUUGAAACAACCACAGGUGUAACUGGUACCACUGUAGACUCUAUUGAUACAACCACAGGAGUGACUGGUACCACUGUAGACUCUAUUGAUACAACCACAGGAGUGACUGGUACCACUGUAGACUCCGUUGAAACAACCACAGGAAUAACUGGUACCACUGUAGAUUCUAUUGAUACAACCUCUGGAGCGACUGGGACCACUGUAGACUCAAUUGUUACAACCACGGGAGCGACUGGUACCACUCCAGACUCCGUUGAAACAACCACAGGAGUGACUGGUACCACUGUAGACUCCGUUGAAACAACCACAGGAGUUACUGGUACCACUGUAGACUCUAUUGAUACAACUACAGGUGUAACUGGUACCACUGUAGACUCCGAUGAAACAACCACAGGAGUGACUGGUACCACUGUAGACUCUAUUGAAUCAACGACGGGAGUGGCUGGUACCACUGUAGACUCCGAUGAAACAACCACAGGAGUGACUGGUACCACUGUAGACUCUAUUGAAUCAACGACGGGAGUGACUGGUACCACUGUAGACUCUAUUGAUACAACCACAGGAGCGACUGGUAACACUGUAGACUCCGAUGAAACAACCACAGGUGUAACUGGUACCACUGUGGACUCUAUUUAUACAACCACGGGAGCGACUGGUACCACUGUAGACUCUAUUGAAUCAACGACGGGAGUAACUGGUACCACUGUAGACUCUAUUGAAUCAACGACGGGAGUGACUGGUACCACUGUUGUAUUGGAAACAACAACACCACCCAGUAUAUGUCCGCCUGGAGUAUUUGGAAAUGUUCCACAUCCAGAACUUUGUGAUGUAUAUUAUAUGUGUAUUGCCGGAAUGCCAACACUUUUACCUUGCACCGAAGGCUACGAAUUUGAUCCAACAGUUGGGCAAUGUGUUGUGAUAUCUGAAAAUGGCUGUUUCGCAUCUAAGGGUAUGUGGACCCCCACAGAACAACAUCCAACAACAACGGAAUCGUCACACAUAACAACAGAUAUAUCACAAACAACAACUAAAGACUCUAUUGAAACAACCACUGGAGGGUCUGGUACUACCGACGACUCUAUGGAAACAACUACAGGAGCAACUGGUACCACUGUAGACUCUAUUGAUACAACCACAGGUGCAACUGGUACCACUGUAGGUUCUGACGACACUACAAUAGGAAUCACUGGUACCACUGACGAUUCUAUGGAAACAACAACUGCAGGCUCUGACACCACUGUAGACGCUGUUGAAACAACAACGGGAGCGUCUGAUACCACUGCAGACUCUAUGGAAACAACAACACCACCCAGUAUAUGUCCGCCUGGAGUAUUUGGAAAUGUUCCACAUCCAGAACUUUGUGAUGUAUAUUAUAUGUGUAUUGCCGGAAUGCCAACACUUUUACCUUGCACCGAAGGCUACGAAUUUGAUCCAACAGUUGGGCAAUGUGUUGUGAUAUCUGAAAAUGGCUGUUUCGCAUCUAAGGGUAUGUGGACCCCCACAGAACAACAUCCAACAACAACGGAAUCGUCACACAUGACAACAGAUAUAUCACAAACAACAACUAAAGACUCUAUUGAAACAACCACUGGAGGGUCUGGUACUACCGACGACUCUAUCGAAACAACUACAGGAGCAACUGGUACCACUGUAGACUCUAUUGAUACAACCACGGGAGCGACUGGUAACACUGUAGACUCUAUUGAUACAACCACGGGAGUGACUGGUACCACUGUAGACUCUAUUGAUACAACUACAGGUGCGACUGGUACCACUGUAGUUUCUGACGACACUACAAUAGGAGUCACUGGUACCACUGAUGACUCUAUAGAAACAACCACUGCAGGAUCUGGCACCACUGUUGAAGCUGUUGAAACAACAACGGGAGCGUCUGAUACCACUGUAGACUCUUUGGAAACAACAACUAGAGAGUCUGGUACUACUGUCGUAACGGAAACAACAACACCACCCAGUAUAUGUCCGCCUGGAGUGUUUGGAAAUAUUCCACAUCCAGAACUUUGUGAUGUAUAUUAUAUGUGUAUGGCCGGAAUUCCAACACUUUUACCUUGCACCGAAGGCUACGAAUUUGAUUCAACAGCUGGGCAAUGUGUUGUGAUAUCAGAAAACGGCUGUUUCGCAUCUAAGGGUAUGUGGACCCCUACAGAAUCGCAUUCAACAACAGAUUCGUCAUACGUAACAACAGAAGUAUCACAGGCAGCAACAGAGGAAACGACGCUUGAUGAUAAAUUGAGCACAACUGAUCUUACUGAAGGUGAAGUUACUACUGCAGAACCUAUUGAAAUAACAACAGAAGAGCUUGGUACAACUACACUACCUGCUGUUACAACUCCAGCCAAUUUGUGCCCUCCAGGAGUAUUCGGAAAUGUUCCACACCCUGAACUUUGUGACGUUUAUUAUAUGUGUAUGGCCGGAGUACCAACGCUAUUGCCAUGCAGCAAGGGCUAUGAAUUUGAUUCAAGUUUGGGGCAAUGCGUUGUGAUAUCUGAAAAUGGAUGUUUCGCUUCUAAGGGCAUGUGGACACCGACCGAAUCGAACGAUCACACUGAUACCUCUGUUCAGUCCACAAUAAACGAAGACGCAGAACGCACAGCAGAAGAGAAAGACAUUACCGAUAGUUCUACGAUUGACAAUAAUAAGCCUGGUGACCAAGAAACAACGUCUGUUUUAAUACCAACGACAGGAGAAGAUGGUCAAAUAACAACAGAGCUUAUUGAAACCACCACGAUAAACGUAUGCCCACCCAAUUUCUCUGGCAUUGUUCCUGACCCAGAGAGAUGCGACAGGUUCUUCCAUUGCACCGUUGGUCACCCCAUUGCACUCUAUUGUGGCGCUGGAUUUGAAUUCGAUAUAAACACUCAGAGCUGUGUGCCUAUAACAGAAGAUGGCUGUUAUGCAUCUAAAGGUCUAUGGACUCCCACAGAAUCACAAACAACAGAACAAGCGACACAGCAACCAGAAGUUACAACAGAUGCAGAUAUAUCAACAACAAUCUCUGAUUUAAUUAUUGGUGACAAUGACAAACCCACUACAGAUACUUCAGAUGAAACAGCACCAGAAGACGACGGAACAGGUUUAGAAACGACUGCCUCACCAAUCGAAGUAACAACCGCUAGUAUUUGCCCUCCAGGUGUCUUCGGUAAUGUACCAGAUCCUGACAGGUGUGACAAGUUCUACAUGUGUACCGCUGGUACGGCCAUACCAUUAUACUGUGGUAAAGGAUUUGAAUUCGAUCCGAAAGACCAACAAUGCGUUAUAAUAUCUGAAAAUGGAUGUUUCGCGUCGAGAGGCUUAACGUCAGAAGAUCGAACCGAAGGUUAUGAGGUAACAACGGACAACAAAAUGAAAGAAAACCUUCAGACGACACAAAAUGUUGAAAUUACAUCAGAGGACACACAAACAACAACGGCCAUUUGUCCCCCGGGGGUGUUUGGAAAUGUCCCAGAUCCUGAGAAUUGCAAUAAGUUCUACAUGUGCACCGCUGGUAUAUCUAUACCGCUGUAUUGCAGUGCAGGAUUUGAAUUCGAUCCUGUCGUAAAGGAUUGCGUCAUUAUAUCAGAUCAUGGCUGCACUGCAUCGAAAUCGUAAAAAAAACUGGCGUUGCAAACGGACAAUCGAUAUACGGCCUUAAAAUAAAUACAGAUAAAAAAUAACGAGAAAUGUCAUGUUACAUUUAUAAUAUUAUAAUUUUGCAAUGGUAAAAGAUUUUAUGUUACGAAAUCAUAUUGUUAACUUGCUUAUUAUACUGCAAAAUUAAAAUAAAUUUAAACCGUUGAAUUUUUACAAUAUUGAACGCGUCAGUUAAAUAAUCAUAACAUUGACAAGAUACAUUUUGGCGGGUAAAUGUCACCAUUGUUUAUAAAAAUAGUCAAUAUUAAUUUUUUUUUUAAUAGUUUUGAUAAUAAUAAUUCCGUAAUAUAACCAUUGCAAACUAAUUAUAAAAAGAGUAGGUAUUAUUAGAAAACUUCGAGUAUUAAUAAA